GCCCCUGUGCUCCACUGGCUCCUCCCAGGCGAUGCCUCCGCUCUGGGUCCUGCUGGCCCUGGGCUGCCUGCGGUUGGGCUUGGCUGUGGACCUCCAGCCCCAGCUGGCCAGUGUGACUUUCGCCACCAACAACCCCACGCUGACCACCGUGGCCUUGGAAAAGCCUCUCUGCAUGUUCGACAGCUCAGAGCCCCUCGCGGGCACCUAUGAGGUCUACCUCUAUGCCCUGGUCGACUUGGCUGGUUCCAGGAACGCCUCCGUGCAGGACAGCACCAAGGUCCCACUCAGUGCCACCUUCCAGCAGACUGAGGGCGGGAGGACAGGUCCCUACAAGGCUGCGGCCUUCAGCCUGACCCCCUGCAGUGACCUGCCCAGCCUGGAUGCCGUUGGGGACGUGUCCCAGGUUUCAGACAUCCUGAAUGCAUACCUGAUCAGGGUGGGCGCCAAUGGGACCUGUCUGUGGGACCCCAACUUCCAGGGCCUCUGCAACCCACCCCUGUCUGCAGCCACGGAGUACAGGUUCAAGUACGUCCUUGUCAAUAUGUCCACGGGCUUGGUACAGGACCAGACCCUGUGGUCAGACCCCAUCCGCACCAGCCAGCUCACCCCGUACUCAGCCAUCGACACGUGGCCCGGCCGGCGGAGUGGAGGCAUGAUCGUCAUCACCUCCAUCCUGGGCUCCCUGCCCUUCUUCCUGCUCAUGGGCUUUGCUGGGGCCAUCGUGCUCAGCUUCGUGGACAUGGGAAGUUCCGAUGGGGAAACGACGCACGACUCCCAGAUCACGCAGGAAGCCGUCCCCAAGUCCCUGGGGACCUCAGAGCCGUCCUACACGUCUGUGAACCGGGGACUGCCCCUGGACAGGGCCGAGGUGUAUUCCAGCAAGCUCCAGGACUGAGCUAGCCCUGACGGCAGGUCCUCCCUGCCCACCUGGCCCAGGGAUAGCUGGUGCCCACACCCUGAGUGGACAGAAGGUGAACAGGGUGGGUGGGUCUGGCUGCAGGAAAACUCUUAAUAAAACCUCCCCAUGGUUUCG